AUGAUUGACAGGCCUUGCUUCGUGCUGCUGUGCCACCCGGCGUUUUCCGUCUACGUGCUGCGCAGACAACGACAAGCAACGACAAGACGGCCGACGUGGAUGUUCGAGGAGGGCAAGCUGUCAACAGCAAGCAACGGCUUUGAGAACAGGUGUCCCUUCCAGUGCCUGCCACAAGAUCCCCACACUCUGAUGCAUGCUGUGAUUCAGCAAACCGGGCUAGCUUACCCGAGGGGGGCACUUCAGAUUCCAGGGUCCGUCCACUCCUUCUUCAACUCUCCAGCCCAGCCUUUUCACCAGACUCACUUCCACGUUUCGCAGCUGGAUAGUUUCCCCGAGGAUCUGGCCUUAAGGCUUGCCAUUGAGCUCGAUGUCUUCGCCUGGCGCCUAGCUACUGGGUAUUUCCGCAAAGCGCAUAACAGCAAGCAAACAAACAACAAGUUAUGCGAACAAGUCUUCCAUUGCCUGCAAUGGGCGGCGUUGAACCAUGUCCGACUGUCUUACGAGGACAGCCUCGGUUUGGUCCCAUUCCGUCGGAGGCUGAACUCCUUCGACCUAACAUGGCCUGUUAAUUGUUAUGUACCCAUACCGAGCAACACCCUCACGGCCAUCAACCAAUCCAUAAGCGUCGCUGGCAAUCAUCAUCAAGACGGCCGUCCUCCUCCUAAUCACGUCGCACUGAAAGAGGUGCACCAAGUUGAGACCCCAUCCGCGUUCCAGAUUUCUCGAGAGAAGGAUGGAUGGAAGAUCAGAACAGGGCAUGUCAAAGCCGACUCAAAAGACCACACGUCUAACCCAAAGCUCCCAUGA